CAAAAUCUUCAGCUUGCGAUGGAUCCGGUGACGACGGCGGACAAGCAAGUCACAACAAUACUCAAGCUUUGAGGCGUGCAAAAGGUGUGUUGCAAUCUCGGGUCUAUGCCGUAGAAUAUAGUGCUUCGGGUCGGUAUCCCGUAGUGGUGUGAUGACUUCUGGCCCGCCAGGUCUAACACGCUCUCUGAGCCUCUGUUCUUGAUGGUUCUGGCGAGUCGCGCCAACAGAGCACAGGCGAAAAUGAACUCUGAGUUGCGCAAGAGGAAACCGACGGACGAUCUCAUCUAUAUCAUUCCGCCACUUACCGUUGCGCUGGAUGCCGAUCUACCCGUGUGGGCAGGACUAAUUUCUCUGUAGACUGAACCGACCCACGAUAGGGGGCACGUCCACCUUUAUUACCAAAUGUUUCAACUAGGGGUAGUAUCAACUAAAUGAAGGCUUACAGACUCAUAAGAACAAAAGCAUGGGGCUUGGCAACUCUUGUCACGAUAGUCAACCGCAUCACGCUCUUCUUCGAUUUUGAAUCUUUGCCAACUAAAGAGACAGGAUCUCUCGUCGUUCGUUUCCCGUCAUUCUUUUCUCUCAACAGUCCUUACAAGAUGCGCAACUCAAUCAUCGCUGCCGCCGCUUACCUGGCUCUGGGAGCUAGAGCCGACAUUUACCCCAAUUAUGAGUAUGGCAACAUGUUCUACCUUGGCCCCACCACCGGUGGUCAGUACAUCACCAAGGCCACCUACAACAUGGAGGUCCCCAACCCGCCCACGAACUGGGUGAAGACCGAUGAGACUCAGCGCUGGCUUUCCCUCUGGAUCGGUGUCCAGGACAACCCCAACAACGGCGACGUGCUCAACAUGAACUUUGUCCAGCCCCUCCUCAACUGGGGACCUGAUAACUCCGUCUGGGGCUGUAGCGCUCCCAACACGCAGUGGUGUGCUGCUGCCAGCACUUACCAACCCAGUGGUCAAAUUGGCCAGGCCUACGUCCCGGUCAACAAGGAGGCCACUCUUGAGUUUGAGAUUUCUCUCAACUCUUCCACGGACAUGAUCGACCAGAAGAUCUGGCAGAACGGGGACCUCAUCUCUUCCGAGUCUGACUCCAAGGGCAUGAGGCCUGCCGUCUUCUACUCUGGUAACGAGUGCUACGGUGAUGGCUGCGGAACUCUGCCGGCUUACAAGUACACCAAUAUCACCCUUGUUUUCGACAAGGCUGUUCCGAACUUGGCCGACAUCAUUUCUUACACCAACGCUACCCACACGGAAUGGCAGACGAAGGACAACGGUAUCACCUGGACCGUGGACUCCAUCACCAUCGCGGAGGAUAACUUGACCGAAUAAGCCGACAAUCUGACUCAAGUCUUUGAGAUUGUUUGUUGUCCAAGGCUUUCGAUUCCUGUAGAUACAUUGUCACCGACGCCAGCCAUAUCGGACUUGGCACAUUGUGUUGUAAAACCAUUGUAGAUAUC